AUGCGUCAACAAGAGUUUCUGAUUCGCAACACGAAACCCGAAGAACUCGAAGAAUACACCAACAUCCUCGAGCGGGCCGCAGAAUGGAUGGAGUCCCAGAACCUCGCCCAAUGGAACCCGGGCACCUUCCGGAAACCUGACGCCCAACUUCACAUCUCCACGGCCAUCGCCUCCCAAAACUCCUACGUCGUUGAGCACACUCCCACCUCCACCAUCGCUGCGAUCUUUGCAUUGAACUACGAAGAUCCCUUUGAUAACAUGCUCUGGUCUCCACUUCUGGGUCCCGAUGGUUGGAAGGACGCGAUUUAUGUGCACAGAUUGGUGGUGGAGCAGUCAUUUCAAGGACUGGGGAUCGUGCCAAAGAUCCUGGCGUUUGCAGAGGAGAUGGUGUCGAAAAAGGGGAAGAGGUUUUUAAGGCUGGACUGUAGAGGUAAUAACCCGGGAUUGAGGAAGUUCUACAGGGAGAAGUGUAGAGGGGGAGUGAAGGUGGAGGGAGAGGGAGAGGAACAGGUGAUGGGGUUGGAGGAGAGGGGGACGUAUACAAAUCCGGCGACGGGGAUUGAGUAUGCGAGGUUUGAGAGGGAGGUCGUACCGCUGAUGCUGGAGGGACAGGGACAGCAGUGA